AUGGUCUGGAUGAACCGAAAAACAUCAACCAACAACAAAUUGCCUCCAGGGCCAAGAAAACUACCUCUUAUAGGAAAUUUGCAUAACAUGUUAGGCUUGCCGCACCGUACACUCAGAAAUCUGGCCAAGAAAUAUGGACCCCUUAUGCAUUUACAACUCGGUGAAUUUUCUGUUGUCAUCGUCUCUUCACCGAGAGUUGCAAAACAGAUAAUGAACACUCGCGACUUGCUUUUUGCGGAUAGGCCAGAAUUUUUGGUUGGAAAAAUUACAGGAUACGAUUCGACUGGUAUAGGGCUUUCUCGCUAUGGUGAUUACUGGAAGCAACUACGAAGGAUUUCUGCGAUGGAGCUCCUUAGUGCCAGUAAGGUUCGGUCAUUUAGAUCACUAAGGGAGGAAGAAGUGUCGAGUAUGAUUCAAUCAAUAUCAUUGAAACCCGGGUCACCCAUCAACUUGAGUGAGAAAAUUAGAUCCUUGAGCAAUGACAUAAUCUGCAGGGCAGCAUUCGGUAAUAAAUGCAAAGAUAAAGAAAUGCUCAUAUCAAUGUUACAUGAAGUUGCUAGAUUGGUAGGUUUCGCCUUUGAAGAUCUAUUCCCGUCACUGAAAUUGCUUCAUUUUAUUGGUGGAAUGAAACAGAAACUUACGAGGAUACAUAAAAAGAUCGACAUGUUUCUUGAAGAAACGAUCGAAGAACACAGAAGGGAUAAAUUAUUGACUAGUAGUACUAAUGAUGGUUAUUUAGAGGAAGAUUUUGUAGAUGUACUUCUUCGGGUUCAAGAGAGUGGCGAGCUUAAGGUUCCACUGACAAUCGACAAUAUUAAAGCUGUCAUUGCGGAUAUAUUUGGAGGAACGGAUCCCGUAAGCACUACAAUAGAAUGGGCCAUGUCAGAACUUCUGAAAAAACCAAGUAUUAUGUUGAAGGUACAAACUGAGGUGAGACAAGUCUUCGGCCGGAAGAAACAACUUGAUGAAACGGACAUUCAGGAACUGGAAUACCUGAAGUUAGUAAUAAAAGAAACCAUGAGACUACACCCCCAAGCUCCACUCUUAUUUCCAAGAGAAAGUAGGGAGAGAUGUGAGAUUGAUGGGUAUGAUAUCCCGGAAAAACCAAAAGUGUUUGUCAAUGCAUGGGCUAUAGGAAGAGAUCCAGAAUAUUGGAAUGACGCUGACGAAUUUGAACCAGAGAGGUUUCGUGGUAAUUCAGUUAAUUAUAUGGGCACGCAUUUUGAAUAUAUUCCUUUUGGAGCAGGUAGGAGGAUGUGUCCAGGGAUUUCUUUCGGCUUAGCUGUUGUGGAACUAACACUUGCUCAAUUACUUUACCACUUCGACUGGAAGCUCACUAUAGAAGGGAAACCAGAAGAUCUAGAUAUGACAGAGAGUUUUGGAGUAACAGCUAGAAGAAAAUUUGAUCUGUUAGCGGUUCCCACCCCUUACAUUCCUUCAUGA